CAAGCACCAAAAAUAAGUCCUUUUUUUUUUCGCGAAAAAUUCGGACAAUGUCCGGAGUUUGGGUGUUCAAGAACGGGAUCAUCCGCCAAAAUGAGGCAUCGGAGCAGCAAUCGAGCCGAAAGAAGGUGCUGGUGCACUUACCAACCGGAGAGGUGGUUUCGAAUUACAGCUCGCUGCGCCGAAUGCUGAUGGAGCUCGGAUGGGAGAUUUACUACGGCGAUAUCGAGCUCUUGCAGUUCCAUAAAGCCUCGUCGAUUGAUCUGAUUUCGCUUCCUAAGGAGUUUCACAAGUUCAAUUCCGUCUACAUGUACGACAUUGUGGUCAAGAAUCCUAAUGUCUUCCUCGUUAAAGACUGUUAAUUAACCUCUAGCUGUGUGCUGGAUACCUUUAUGUUGUUUUUACUGUUUGACAGUGUGUAGAUUAUGUUUCUGUUGAUGGGAUAAUAAAACACAGUAAUAAAAUGACAACAAUGUUUUGUUUAUAAUGCGU